CUAGGUUUCACAGUAGACCGAUUCCACGAAGCAUUUAUUACACAGUACAAUAUUAGGUGCCAUUGAGUGAACUACGCAGGGUUAAAUUUGGAAAAACCUGUAUUACAAUCGCACAUAAAAAUCAACUAGUGGCCAGACCGUGGUUGAAUUAGUUGAAGGAAAAACUUGAAUUAAAUAACAUCAAAAAACAAUGGCUACAAAACGUGUAUUGAUUUAUGGUGGAAAAGGUGCUUUGGGUGCAACAGUUGUGAAACAUUUUAAAAGUAAUAAUUUCUGGGUUGGUUCAAUCGAUUUGGCACAAAAUCCUGACGCAGACGAGAAUAUUAUCGUUGAACGAAAUGAUUCUUUAGAGGAUCAAGAAUCCAAGGUUAUAUCUGCAAUUAAAUCUGUUUUAAAUGAUCAAAAAUUGGAUGCUGUGAUUUGUGUAGCUGGUGGUUGGGCUGGUGGAAAUGCAAGUAAAGAUUUAAUUAAAAAUUCUGAUUUAAUGUGGCGUCAAAGUGUAUGGAGUUCGUUAAUUACGGCCUCAAUUGCUGCACAAUAUUUGAAAGAAGGUGGACUUGUUACGUUACCUGGAGCAAAAGCUGCUUUGGAAGGUACACCAGGUAUGAUUGGAUAUGGUAUGGCCAAAGCUGCAGUGCAUCAAUUGACUAAAUCAUUAGCUGGUGAUAAAAGUGGUCUUCCGGCUAAUUCACUUGCGGUUGCGUUAUUACCGAUUACGCUUGAUACACCAAUGAAUCGAAAAUGGAUGCCCACAGCUGAUACUACAACGUGGACACCGUUAGAAUUUAUUGCUGAUUUAUUCUUGAAGUGGAGUUUAGGUAAUGAGAGACCUGAAAAUGGUAGUUUGUUACAAUUGGUCACAAAAGAUUCGAAAACAGAAGUUAUUCCAGCCUAAAUUAUUUUGAUAGAUACUUAACGCGAAGACAAUACUCGAAUUACCGUAAUAAAAAAAGACCAAUUAGAUUAAGAUGAAAUAAAUGUAAUUCUAGGUCCAUUGAACUAUUCUUUGGCUUAACGUGCAAAAGGCUAAAGAUGCAAUUUUAUUUUUUGGUUGUCAAGUUUGUAGCUUUGUCCUGCGGUCGCCAUUUUGUAAAAAGGGAUGCGGAUAGUUUUUAAUUUAUAUCGAGCAAAGUAUUCAUCGCACAGAAAAUUUGUAAAAAACUUUUUUGUUGCAAAUUAAAUUCUCUACAAAAAAGUUUCUAAUAAAUUUUCUGUGUGAAAAAUACUUUGCCCAAUAUAGCGUAAAAACCAUUCGCACCACUUUUUACAAGAUGGCGGCUGCGGGACAAGAAUGGUAUCCCCACAAACUUGGAUUUAACUUUACAUUAAACCCCCUCUAGACAACCAAAAAACAAAAUUGCAUCCUCAGGUUUUUGUUACCCCAAAUGUAACUUUUCAAUGGACUAUUCAUCGACAUGUAAAUUGGGCGUAGAUUUUAAUUGGGAAUACUUAAUUUCACUCGUCAUAUUUUCUUGAACCAUCUCAUGGAAUGUCCAUAUUUAUAUGUCGAUGAAUAAAAUAAAUGUAAAUUAUGU